GUAUUUGAAAGGUGUGCUCCAAACAGUGUCUUAAAACGGAUGAAUUUUAUUUUAUAGUGAUGGAAAAGUAAAAAUAAUUACAAUUAGGUUCUUGGCAUUAAUCAAAUAAAAUAAUCAGAAACAUGGAACAUAAACAAUUUAUUGGCAAGUAAUUAUUGCUUAUGAUUCCUCUGCUUUAAUUUCUAAUAUAUCUUAUAAACUAAAAUCUAAAGGAAAAUCAUCAUAUGUCUUUGCCUAUUAGAUCAUUCAGUUUAAAUUAUAAUUCCAAAAAGACAAAUAGAUAGAAAGAAUGGUAAAUAUUAUAAUAAUAGAAAUACUUAUAUACAUAGUGAGUUGAAAUCAUAAACAUUAUGUCCCAUCCUCGAGAAAUUCGUUAGUGUAUUUAAAAUAAUCAAAUUUAUUAGAUUGAAGAUUA